AUGAGAUGUCUGCCAAAUGCCAAGAUUGCUGAAGUUCUAUUUCUGCAAGACCGAAAUAUUGUGUGUUCUUUGGAGAGACAAGUACAAGAAGACAAAGUUCGAAGGAAAAGGGAAGUUGUUUCAAACAAAGAUGUGAUGAAAUGCGUUGUAGACACAAUAGUCUUACUGGGAAAGCAAGGACUAGCAUUUAGAGGUCAUUGUGAAUCUCUUACAUGUACUAACAACAUGGGAAGUUUCAUUGCAGUGCUAGAAUUUCUUUCUAUCUACGAUGCUACAAUUCGUGAUCAUCUUGAGAAAGUUCGCCAACAGCAAAAAUCGGAGAAUUCAACAGGAUCAACGGUUAAACGGAAGGGCACCAGAGUGAAGAAAGCAAGAGGGUGGGGAUCAAAACUUACGUUUCUCAGUAAUAGAACCCAAAACAAAGUUAUUGACGUGAUUGGGAAGCUUGUAAAGUCUGCUAUAGUGAAGAGUAUCAACGACUGCAAAGCUUGGGCUUUGAUAGCUGACACAACGCCUGACGUAAGUCAUCAUGAACAACAUAGUAUUUGUGUUAGAAUUGUAGACAAAUAUGGCUAUUGUUUUGAGCAUUUACUAUGUUGCACCAGAGCAUCUGGUACCACAGCGCGAAGUCUCUUCAACACUAUAAUGAAAGCGUUAAAGGCUGAAGGAGUAACGUUUGGUAAAAUCGUCGCACAAACGUAUGAUGGAUUUUAACGCUGAUGAUUUUGAAAGCCUGUUUAUAACGAUUCCAGAAACGGAUUUUGUGUUGAAAAAGGAUGCUGUUCCUACUAUACACCACCAAGAAGAUCCUGAAGCCGAGAUGGCUGAUUCGCGAUCAACUAGAAAGCAUCACAGUGUAAGUGCAAAUAUGUGCUGUAUAUACUAUUCAUUGCUGAUAUUGUCACAUUUUUAAAUGGACUCACUUUCUCACAGAUAUACGUCACCUUCGUUUAAAUAGGUUAUAAGGGGAUUGCUAAAAGAAAACAAGGCCAAAACCUCGGCCAAAACCAGUGAGGACACCGAGGAAGAAAUCUCAACAACAUCGCCUGAAAAUGUUGCAUUUCUGUCAGAGCCUGAUUUAGCAGUUAACUGCAUUUAUCAUGUGGAACAAUCUUUGACUGUAAGUCAAAAUAUUUAUCUAUUUAUUCCAAUCAAAAUAUUACUGAUCUCACAAAUAUAUAAAUUAUUUCGUAGACGCAAGGUGCUUCCAGUCAAACACCCGAGUGUCUAGGUUGCAAAAAAUUAUCGAGUCAAAAUCGCCAGCUCCAGAACAAGAUCAUUGAUCUCCAAGCGAAGAUACAGGAUCAGUUAACUGAAAUUCAGCAACAAAAAGGUAAAAUUAAUUUUGUUGAUGCAAAAUUAAAUAAGAAAUUAAAGGCAGCAAGAAAAGAGUUGGAGACAAUGGCACACGCUCCCAUGAACUUUAUGCUAGAAAAGAAGCCACAAAAGGAAGCAACAGAAGCAUGGAGAAAGAGAAAAUCAAUGGUCGUACAAAGGUCCCAAGGACUUUGCAAGGUACUGUACAGCUUGUGCUAA